AUGAAAAUGCAUUACCAGCGUACCAUGUUGCUGUGUGCUUUUAUUACGAACAUCCUGGCUAUGGCUGUCGGUGCGCACCCUUUGCGCACGGCAACGACCGUUGCUGUGUACUCUUCCACCACCUCUGGAGUCCUGGACCAAACUUGGGACCCGAAUGGGCUCGCAAACCUACAACUACAGCUGAGGCAGCUGGGCUUGUACGUCGCAGGCGUUGAUUCCUUUCCUGAGAUCAGCGGCACCCGCGCUGCGGCCUUCGUCAUCCCAGCAGCAAGUGGUGAUAAUCCUUACAAAGAUGUCGAAGAUGCGAGAACGCUGUCUACUUAUGUCAAGAGUGGUGGCCUGGUCAUCGUGCAUGGCUCCGCGCGACAUCAAAACGACGCGCAAGACCUUGUUGCGGCCAGCUUGGAUUACCAAGGCAGCUGGCAAUAUUGUGAGCUUGUUGCGGACAGCACUCGCUCUGCAAUCGGCAUAUCCUCGGUCAGUCCUUACGCGGAGCAAUUCCUGUCGGUGGCAUGGCCAUCGACCCUGGAGGAUGCGCCUUACCAGCAGGUUCACAGCUGGUGCAAGCACGAGGAUCCGGACGCGUUGUCGUACCCGCUGUACACCCUGGGUGGGGACUCCAUGAAGGUGGUGGCGCAGGCCUUCACCCGGGUGGGCUCCUCCGGUGCUGUGGUGUGGCUGGGUUACAGCUGGCAGGACGGGCCGCAGCAGGGCUGGGGCGAGAUGCUGGGCCGAGUCAUUGACGGCUUCCACCAAGGGCUCUACCAACGGCCAGUCGAUGCAAGUAUCAUGGACUCCUACCCGCUCCGGCUGGAUGCGGUCCUCGACGCCGCGGCCUCCAUGCUUGACGACACUGCAGAGGCCGUACGCCGCCUUCUGUACGGCGUCAUGCUGUCGUACAGCUUCGGCAGCGGAUACUACAGUGCCGGGGGCUACUAUGGCAUUGGUUAUUACGGUUUUGGCGGCGGUUAUUACGGUGGAUACGGUGGUUACUAUGGUGGGUACGGCGGGUACG